CUGUCCAAUCAUAACCUUUUGAAUUCAUUCCAAUCUGGUUUCCGUUCCGGUCAUAGUACGACUACGGCUCUGGUUAGAAUCACUGAUGAUAUUCGCCUGGGCAUGGAUAACCAGCAGGUUACAGUAUUGACAUUGCUUGACUUUAGUAAAGCCUUCAAUACUGUAGACUUUGAUGUUUUACUCGCUGUCCUAAGUUCUCUUAACAUAUCUCCUAAAGUAAUUGGUUGGUUUCAUAGUUACUUGCGAGGGCGCCGGCAACGUGUACAAAUUCAAGACACGUUUUAUGAUUGGUCUGUUGUCAAAGCUGGCGUCCCACAAGGUGGCGUGUUGUCUCCUCUAUUGUUCUCUAUUUUCAUCAAUUCGAUUUGUUCCGACAUUACUUCUCUUUACCACAAAUAUGCAGACGAUUUACAAAUCUACUUUCAAUGUAAGAUUGCGGCUCUCCCUAAUACAAUUAGAUUAAUUAAUGAAGAUCUUAUUCGUAUUUAUCAUUGGUGUAAUUCAUUUGGGCUCAAAGUAAAUCAAUUGAAGACUCAAGCCAUUAUUAUUGGGAGUUCGAAAUUAAUCUCUCGGUUAACUUUCUCGCUGCUCCCGCCAGUCAUAUUCGAAGGGACACUUAUCCCAUACAGUGACAAAGUUAAGAAUUUAGGUAUUAUGUUCGAUCGGACUUUGUCUUGGGGACCGCAAGUGAGUGAAGUAAGUAGAAGAAUGUUUGCCGCAGUUGGUUCACUUCGAAGAUUACGCAAUUUUCUCCCCAUUCCUACUAAAGUUGCGCUGGCUCAGUCUCUUCUUUUACCGAUCCUUGACUACGCGGACACUUGUUAUCUUGACCUAACAGUCGAUCAACUUAAUAAACUUGAGCGGCUUCAAAAUUAUUGCAUAAAGUUUAUAUUUGGGUUACGAAAGUAUGACCACAUAUCCGAAUUCCGCCAUAAGCUCAAGUGGUUACCGAUUCGCUUUCGCAGGAAUACUCACAUUCUUCAUCUUCUUUACUGCAUUCUGUUCAAUCCGACCACUCCUUCUUAUCUGAAAGACCGAUUUAUAUAUUUAAGUAGUUUACACUCUUUACCUCUACGAUCUCAAAAUAAUCUUCUAAGUACUCCUAGACAUUCCUCUUCCUUCUAUUCUAAUUCUUUUACGGUUACCGCUAUACGACUAUGGAAUUCUCUCCCCUUACAUAUUAAAGAAUGUAAAUCUCUUCCUAUAUUUAAAAAUAAAUUAAAACUUUAUUACCUUUCCUCUUAA